CGUGCCUCCCAAACUUUCCUCCAACAACAACCUCGCCCUCCAACAACCACCUCACCCUCCAGCAACAACCUCACCCUCCAAUGACAACCUCAACCUCAAGUAACAACCUCAAGCUCAAGUAACAUGGAAUCAACCUCGUCCUCGCAAGCGCGGAUCACCGUGGCUGCAGCACACGAUAGGCUUCGACAGCUUCUCGAUGAUAUGCAAAUGCAACAGGAAGAAAAUCAAGAUGAACACCUUUUUCGUCCGAAUUGGCGAGCCGCAGAAAGGGCAUUGCAUAGUAAGAAUUACAAGCCAUACAAGCAGUUCCACGAAUUCUUCGAUCAACCAAGAUAUGCAAAACCACGCCAAGAACGCAAAGCUGCUUUGAAUUCCAUGAUCGAAGAACUGCGGCAUACAUUUGAACGUGCUGAGAUGGAUCAAAAGACCGACUUAGCAAUUGAGUUCGCUCGUCAACGUCGCGUAUGUCUCCCGCACUAAUUCACAGCCUCAGACUAAUCAUCAUAGAUUCAUGGUAGUGAUAAUGUGGAAAGCAAAAUGGUGCCAGCAUACGUUUUUCACAAGUUUCCGGAACUGCCUCUUGAACUACAACGGAAGGUUUGGUCUUUUGCAGCCCGACUCUCGGAUCCAAGGGUAUACAUCCUCGAGGAUCUGACUUGCGAUAAGUGGGGUCUUCCUGGUUUUCGACAACUUGUGACCAUAUCUUAACCUCAAGAGAAGCUUUGGUGCCAAAAAAAGCCGGCUCACUCCUACGCCCUUGACCGCCCGAUCCCAACCCUUUUACACGCAUGCAAAUUAUCACGAACCGUCUGCCUAGAGGUAUUCCAUGUAUUCUUUUGGAAUACCCACGCGCCUCCGAAGACGCGCCCCGCAUGCUUCAAUACCGACUACGGUAUCUUUCACAUCAAAAGGUGCGAGGACAUUUCGUGGUCUCAUAGCACAAAACCUCGUUUCUCGGUAACUCUACAAACCCUCAUCCUAAAACUUGAACUUGGAUCUCUGAGUGGCAAGGUGGGAGACAUACUUGAAGCGAACUUCAAUGACCUGCAGCGCAUUCGACACAUGAGUGUCCCUGUGGUCGUAUUUGCCCAACUGCCUUCAGAGAUCUGGUCACUUUUGGGCAAUUUGGAAACCCUUCAGAUUGUCCUCUGCUUCAAUGACUUCUAUAACUAUUCAAGAUGUGAGGAGGAGUACGAUGAAAUUUGCUUCUUAGUUCCUCAUCCUGAAAACCAAUGCGGUCUAAGAGCAGCAUGGGUCAUGAAGAAGGUUACGCAGUCUCUUGCAACCGUUAAAACCAAAUCACCGAAGUGGAUUAUACGAAAGAUUGAGGUGGUUGUAGGAAUGGAAGCACGUUCCAGGAUCACCAAGGCCAUCAUCACGGACGAAGAUGAUGGGUCAAGUGAAGAGUUACAUGACCUAGAUUCAGAGUAUAAGGCAAGGUGGCGGGAUUGGAGAGCCGCUACUGCCGAGCCCAACUUUUUCAGCCAAGUCAUCAAGAAUUACAACUACCAUAACCAAGGAAUGAAUGAGGGCGGCUGGGAGUAGCUAUAAGGCUAGCGAGGGAGAUGCAUCUGAAGA